AUGGAUUCAGAUCAGCUCAGCCCCAACACCAGGUCCCUGCGUUCCAGAAGCAAUGUCACAUAUUGUGUGUACCUGCCGUCCCGCUCUCGCAUGAAGCUGCCACUUACUGAUCUAACCAAAGACGACGACCUGCCGCCCGAGACUAUAGAGGCUAUGUCAAGUCUCACCCACCCUCCCUACGACGCUGACCUUGGUACGACUAUCAAGAGAUCAAUCGAGUUUGAUACCGAGAGUAAGGACAACAGAUCAAGCGAGGUUGAUACCGGCACCAAGAACAAUGGAUCAAUCGUGGUUGAUACCAGGAUCAACAACGAACCCGUCGCCAAAACAAGCGACACAACCCUCGAAGCAACCGGAUCUACUAUCGCUCGAUCUUCUCUCGUUACUAUCGCAAAGAUAAAGGCAAAGAUCGCCACGGAACAUGCAUACAGCGAAAUUCUUACCCAAGCGCGACGAAGGCUAUGGGAGCAGAUAGAGUCAUAUGAGGCUCACAUUCGAGAAAACCAGAGAAAGAUUUGCGAGAGCGACGAGGGAGUAGACCAGCUCAAUAAGAGACUUCAUGAUUGCGAAAUACUGGACAGUCAGAUUGCCGAACUUUGCAAGCUCCUCAAAUCCCUCGGCGAGCAGUUGGAUGAGAGAUCCGACAAAGUUGUAGACCUCUUGAGCGAGCUGUCAAAGGCCGGGUGAAGCCGUGACUGAAGUCGUGUCGGAUAAAAGCGCGACGAACAAGAGUGGAAGUGCAGGUGCAUGCUGGG